AUAGAAAGUAUGAAUGUCGUACGAUUUUCGUAGUUUUUUUUAUUGUGAUAAGGUUUUAGCAUAGUGGUAGUUGAUCCAAAUAGCCUGAAUUGAACAAUUUUUGUCGCUAAUUUAAAAAAAAAACGGUGUUAAAAAUAAAUAAAAAAUUGUAAAUACAAAAUGUCAAUUAUUUCAAGAGUAGUACGCCGUUCAUUUUCUACGGCCCCAAAAAGCUUAGCAGCUGCCAAGCAAUUAACUGUUCGAGAUGCACUCAAUUCUGCAAUGGAUGAAGAAAUGGCCAAAGAUGAAAGGGUGUUCAUCUUGGGUGAAGAAGUUGCACAGUACGACGGCGCUUAUAAGAUUACUAGAGGAUUGUGGAAAAAAUAUGGCGACAAACGUGUAAUAGAUACUCCAAUUACAGAAAUGGGCUUUGCUGGCAUAGCAGUUGGAGCCGCAAUGGCAGGCCUCAAACCAAUAUGCGAGUUCAUGACUUUCAAUUUUGCAAUGCAGGCUAUUGAUCAGAUUAUUAAUUCAGCAGCAAAAACCUUUUAUAUGUCAGCGGGCGCUGUGAACGUACCUAUAGUAUUUCGUGGUCCCAACGGUGCUGCAGCAGGAGUUGCUGCACAACAUUCUCAAUGUUUCGCUGCAUGGUAUGCGCACUGCCCAGGAUUAAAAGUAAUUUCUCCAUAUGAUGCUGAAGAUUGUAGAGGAUUAUUAAAAGCUGCAAUUAGAGAUCCUGAUCCUGUUGUGUUUUUAGAAAAUGAAAUUAUGUAUGGUGUACCUUUUCCUGUGGACGAAAAUAUUAUGAAACCAGAUUUCGUUCUUCCAAUUGGAAAAGCUAAAAUCAUGAAACCGGGAAAACAUGUUACCAUAGUAGCGCAUUCGAAAGCAGUGGAAACUUCCUUGUUAGCGGCAAAGGAAUUAGAAAAAAAAGGAAUUGAUGCAGAAGUAAUCAACUUACGUUCAAUUAGACCUUUGGAUGUCCAAUGUAUAUUCAAUUCUGUCAAGAAAACACAUCAUUUAGUUACAGUAGAAAAUGGAUGGCCUUGUCAUGGUGUUGGUGCUGAAAUAUGCGCAAGGGUUUCAGAAGAUGAAACUUUCUUCCAUUUAGAUGCUCCGGUAUUCAGGGUGGGAGGUGUCGACGUUCCCAUGCCAUACACGAAAACUUUGGAAAUCAAUGCCUUACCACAACCAAAGGAUGUAGUCCAAGCUGUUGAAAAAGUUAUAGGAAAAAAAUAAAUUUUUUUAAAUAAAAUUUAAAACGUUUGAUUAAAUCAGCCGUUCUCUGUUAAUUUAUUAAAUAAAAUGAUAUUAUUAUUCAACUUACAUGAUAUUACGUA